GACACUGAUAGAAGUCACAAGACUGCACUAACUGCUGAUGAGAAAAGAUAUUUAGCAGAUUAUACUUGUACAAUCAUUGCAUUUCCAUGUUGUGUGUACUGUGGGAGACCAGAUAUAGUGAAUGCAGGGUCCGGGGAGACCAGAUAUAGUGAAUGCAGGGUCCGGGGAGACCAGAUAUAGUGAAUGCAGGGUCCGGGGAGACCAGAUAUAUGAAUGCAGGGUCCGGGGAGACCAGAUAUAGUGAGUACGGGGUCCGGGGAGACCAGAUAUAGUGAAUGCAGGGUCCGGGGAGACCGGAUAUAGUGAAUGCAGGGUCCGGGGAGACCAGAUAUAGUGAAUGCGGGGUCCGGGGUAGACCAGAUAUAGUGAGUGCGGGGUUCGGGGAGACCAGAUAUAGUGAGUGCGGGGUCCGGGGAGACCGGAUAUAGUGAAUGCAGGGUC